UUUCAGCUGCCUGACAUCUAAAAGGAAUUCAGUGUCUUUUUGUUUACUGAUUUACCGAUAAGGGUUAGACGAACCUUCCUGCCCCUCUAUCUCCGUAGAAUUGCUGACCCUUAGGCAUUCUUGUUUACAACCUAACAGUAGAGUGGACGCUUGGGAUUGGGAUGUUUUUUUUUUUCGCUUGGCAACAGUAAGAAAAACCAUAGUAACUGGAAACGUUUUUACAGCGCUGUGUGCCAUAUAUUUCAGUCGAGCGCAAAGAAAUUGACCCACAAGAUUCCAACUUCCCAUGUUGAGAGGUUGCGUAAACGCCUCAUCUUCUUACGUUUCCCAGACGGAUCAUCAUGAACAACAUGCUCUGGAUAACGGUUUUUUUCUUUUUUUUUUCUGAAGUUGUGUCGUUGCAGUGCUACGUUUGCAACUCACUUCAUUUUAGAGAAGAUUGCGCGUCAACGGACAAAUUGGUGGCUUCUGAUAAGUUUCACGUUAACUGUACAGAACUUCCUGAUGGCGAACGGUAUACCUAUUGCAGAAAAAUGGUGCAUCAGUUUUCUCAUGAAGGUGGAGUAGAGACUCGCGUUGUUCGCCAGUGCGGGUACAUGAAUACCACUAUGAAUAUUUGCCAAAAAACAGGAAUGCAUAAAGACGGUGCGCAGCUCGUGUGUUCCUGCGACACAGACAAUUGCAAUGGUAGUUCUCAGCUGCAUUCCGAAAAGGCUAUCUUUUCUCUAUUCACGCUUGCAGCUGUCGUCUACCUUAUUUGAGUUAAAAUCCUAGCGUAAUAAUAAACUAUUUUCAUUU